UCCCAAACUACCCUCCAGGUGAGGAGGUGAGAGACGCUGCAAUCCGCCCCCCUGCCGCCUCCCACGAGCAGCCCACGAGCAGCCCACGAGCACUGGAACCCAGCCCAGCCCAGGCCACCAGGCGGCGUCGGCCAACCACAACCACCAUGGCCGCCCGCCGUAACCAAAAUGCACGACUCUCACGUCGUCUCUCCCCCUCCAACCCCCAAACUUCGACUCAUCCCUCGCUCGUCAUUUGUUUGCUCUUUGACUGACCGCUCCGGCGCCGCCUCUCCUGGAUCCCACGUCGUUCGGCGUACACACACACCAUCCAUCAAGCGGCUUCCUUCCCCGCCGCGCAGCCUAUCUGCAGUCAGCACCUUCCGGCGCGCGCGCGCAUCGUGACCUGCAUCUCCUCCGCCUCCUACUCCUCCUACACUCCUCCCGCUUCUCCUCCUACCCCCCUCCCUCGCCGCUUGCGCACUGAUGGAUCUGUGACGGGGACUGGCCUGGCUAGGUCACGCAAAACGGCCAGACAGCUCGCAUCUCGCAGCACGACCUAACCCUUGACUCGACUCAGGCCGCGGGGCCCAGCCGCCGCGGCAGCCAGGCGAGGCAACACAACGUGUGUGUUAGUCCGACAUCGUCCGCCUCCGUUACCCGCCCACGCAACGGCUGCCUCCAGCUUCACCCCCAUACGCCACCCCCCCGGUCGCGCCCUCUGCGGCUCGUCCAGGUCGCAUAGUACUACUAUCCCCAGACGGUUGAGCUCCAAGCCCGCAUCGCAUUAAGCAAGCAGCCUCAGGUUGGACAGACACCACCGGGGACCAUCCGGGCUCGAAUUAGAAUGGACUCUCCCCGUGAUCAGGCCCGCCUCCGCCAAGGCCUGAAUCCUCUCACCACGAGCUCACUCGGGCUCUACAACGCCCAACUAAAUACCCCCAUCUCGGCCGUGUCCAUGGCCUCAUCGCACAUUCAUUCCGCGCACACUCCCGCCAGCGCCAUCCAGCCCUACAAUCCUCAGGAAUGGGUUCCUCCCAGCGGCCCCGCUCCUCCUGCCACGAUGCCGUCCACGGACAGGACGCGGCAGUUCGAAGCCCAAGCACCUCCUCCCCCGUACAGCCCACCGAGGAGCCAGCAACAGCGGCCGAUGAGCACCGCGUUUGAACACGCCAUCUCAUCGACUCCCCCGCCUCGAAUAGCGACAAUUGCUGUACAUCGGCCAUCCCCCGAACCUUCGGCGGCUCGCGCCUUUCCACCGCCCCCCGGUGCCAGCGGUCGAGGCGGGUCCCGCGAGAGACGAUUCGGACUGCCCUCUCUCAGCCGUCGGAGAGACAACGACCAGGUUUCCCAAUCUCCAGAGCCGCAACCACAACCCCUUGGCGGGCCGUUCAGAAGGAGUAUGGGGCCAGCCUCGCUAUAUCAAGAACCCGAACGCAUGACUUCCCCAUCCUCCGCCGCCGUGAACCCCGUCCCGCCGUCAGCACGCCGCGCCGCCUCCACAGGUGCCAUCGAUACACCAACGUCCGCCCGCUCACGAUCCACAUCGCAGACGCGCUGGGAGCCGGGCAUGCCUCUCCCCCCACCCCCGCCAGGGCCGCCGCCAUCCAGCUCCAGGUCACAGAGCGUGCAGAGCAUGGAUAGAAACAGUGUGCCCAUCAUCUCGCCUCCGACGCGCCGGGCCCCUCCCAGCGGCAUAGCCUCUCUGGGACCGGUGCCUCCCACGCCGGCAAAUUGGGUUGACGGGGACGCCCUCCCAAGCCAGAGGCCGCGGAGCAAAUCACCCGGCCUAACAAUCGACACGGCCACAGCUUCCAGCUCCCAAGACGUUCCGGAACCUCUGACAUCGUCGGGAAGUGCCAGCGGGGGGCUCAACCGGGCUAGAGCUGUCCGCCACGACAAGACCAUCAUCCAACGACGUACCGAAAGCCGCAACCGACAUACAUCUCAAGGGUCCCUCGAUGCCACAACAAGGCCGCAUGAGAUACCCGAUAUCGUUGUGCCGCGCAGCCCUGAUAGCCACAAGCUGUCUCAGCCCAAGGCGAAUGCUCGCAGCGGCGGAUUACUGCCUGACCUCUAUCAAGCCGGGGAAUCGUCAAGCCAGGCAGACUCUCGCAACUCGACCCCUCGGGCUCCAAACUCAGCCAAGCUACCACUGCUUCAGACGGCAACUCCGCCAUUUUCGCCAUCCGCAAUCAAGUCCGGUCAGCCCGCCAACACCUCCCAGUCGGCCAUUGUGCCUAAAGCGCUGCCCACCCCACCUCCACAAACACGGUCGGCGUCGUGUUCCCGGCCUCGGGACGGUUCCCGACCUCCUGCGUCGGCCUCAACCCCAGUAUCCAAGCACACGGUUGUGACGCAAAAUGCGAGCCAGUUUGCGGCCGCGGCAGUCGAGCGGUUUCGCGCCUUUGCGGAAAGGGAAGCGGCGGUGUCCAGUGAUGCCGACAGGGUUCGUUUGUUUGCGGACUUUUUCGUCAACGAGUCGAGGAUCCGUCGCGAAAGAUACUCUGCGGCCAUCAGCGCCAUGGGAUCGGAGAUUUUUGACCUAAGUCGAGACCUCUUCCGACCCAUGACUCCCCCCAGGCGCGACUCGGCUACAUCGCAAGAGCAGUGGACGCCAGCUUCAACCGAUCCCGCCGCUUCUUACAGAGACUCUGUGGGUUCUGCCCCUCGGGGCGAGGGGCUUUCCAACUCCGCGCCCACGUCAGCGAACCUCCCCAUGUCGCCAAGCGCCGGUGCGACCAACAAUGGUACCUGGGCCGCCAGCAAUUAUAUGCCAUCACUCUCGCCGAUCCUGAGCAUGAGCGUCAGCGACAACUACGAGAACGGCAGCUCUAGGGGUCGUCCACCGAGCAGAUGGUGGGAAUCGGAUUCGCAAGGUGAUGGCUCACGAGUCUUUGAGAGAUCGAAGCGAGAGUCAAAGUACAUGGGCGUCCCCAAGGACCAAUGGGUCGAGGAAGAGGCGGCAGGCGGGAGUGACUACAGGUCUUCAUCUGAAUACCCUCCCGAGAAGACCGGGUGGCACGAUCAGAGCGAGCCGGUCAAGACGCCGCAACCGCUGCACUCGGCCACCACCACACCAGUCGACCCUAGCAUAUCGCCAUCCUCCUACAAGUCAGGAUCGCUAGACGUGUCGCGGCUUGUCACAAUGCCUCCACCGUACCCGCGCCACCACCCGGCCGUGAACAACAACCACCCCGAACUGGCCACGAUACGGAGCUCUGUGAGGGCGUUGGGCGAUCUCUCAGAGAUUGACAAUGCCAAGGAGCGGUUUGCCAUUGCCAGCUCGAAACGGAGGGAAGAGUUUUCGCAGGCUGCCUCGCAGAGGCGCCAGUCACUGCGAGCCAACCUGCAGCGGGAGAUCAAUGCCGGGAACCUGGGGUAUGCGGACGCGGCUGCGAUCGAGUCGGACUCGCAGGAUCAGGAAAAAGACAAGAAGAAGGAGCUGGAAAAGUCGGAGUACGAGCUAUUUCAAAACGAGGUGAUAUUACCCCUGAACGACCUGUUGACAGGGCGCAUCGCCCGGGCCAAGGACUUGUUCGACGAGCUGUCGCGGCACUUGUUCGACAGCGGACGGAUCGAUGCGGACAUGCCACAGGAGGAAGGGGACGACAGACCGGAGCUGCUCGAAAAGUUGACACUUCUCAAGUGGAUAUUCGAGAUGCGGGAGACUCUCCACCGGGCUAUUUACGACAUCUUGUCGGACCGCAACGCGCGAUACUGCGAGGUGGUGAUGACGCCGUACCGGCUCUCGGGAAACACCGACAAGCUCAAGUCGGCCGAGGCCUUUUUCGCAGAGGACGCGGCCAAGCGCGAAUACGCGUUCUCAAACGAGGUCCUCGACCGGGCGCGAGAGUUCCGAACGGUCAUGGAAAAGUCGGUCGACCGAGGCGUGGCGCUGCAGCUUUCUGCCUUUUGGGAUAUAGCGCCACCACUGCGAGAGUUGCUGGACAGCAUCCCCAAUGACCUAGAGGGCUUCCGCAUCCAGAUCCCACCAUCGGAACUCGACGAGAACCCGACGUACCGGGAGCAUCCGCUGCAGUACUUGUUCAGUCUGCUUCAGCACAUGGAGAAGAGCACAUACCAGUUCAUCGAGUCGCACACAAACCUCUUGUGUCUGCUCCAUGAGGUGAAGGGCGCCGUGGUAAACGCCAAGGCGAGGGUCCUGGCGUCGCAACCGGAAGAGAUGGACGGCACGCGCCUGCGCCCUGAAGAUCGCGAGGAGCGGGCGAGGGCGAUGCGACAGAGCGAGGACAUGCGCCUGACGGAAGAUCUCAAGGAGAAAGUUCGUGUCGUGCAGGACCAGUGGAACGGCGCGCUGGGCGAGGGCAUCAAGAACGUAAAGGAGCGGACAGCGACGUGGCUGCUGGAGUCGGGCGGCUGGGACGAGGCGCUAGAGGAGUCGGCGGUGUUUGGCGGAGCAUAGCAUAACUACCUACUUGCCUUUUUGUGGCAACGGAGGGAGAGCGCGUGGAUGUGACUACCUACCUACCUACCUAGAUACCCCAAGGAUUAUUUACGGCGUGAGACGAGACGCGCAUGGCCGGCCACUGUACGAUGGUGACGGUUCGUGGACGCAA